UUUGAAUGUUCAAUAGAGCACUGUCAGGUUGUGUUUUCCCCUGCCCGUUUUAUUCAAACAUAUACAGUACCUACACACUUGAAUUCAAACUGAGGAUUAUAUUGUGGAAGAUAAGUAGAUGAACUGGCUGGGGCCCAGUUAGACAUGUGCCUCAAUGCUUUGAUACCACAAGAAGAAUAUUGUUUCAAACUGACCUGACAGGGGCAAAGCUCAAACAGUCUUUACAUGAUUUUAAAUGCGUGCAAACCAGAAAUACUGCAAAAGAAAAAAAAUCCUUUCUUCUUUUUAACAAAUAACAGCAGGCCAAUACAAGACAUAACAACUAUAUCUGUGGGACUAAGAGGAACCUGCAUCAAAGUAGCGAAUAUGAAAACUUGCUGCUUCCUUUCUGAGUGACAGUUCCACAGCAGAUAAGAUCUCGGUUCUCUUAACAGUAGGCUGGAAGCAUGCAGAGUUAUUAAAACCUCCAGACCCACAUUGCUUCCUAUGCAGUUCGGAGCAGAGCAUAGCCCCCCUCACACAGUACUAGUGAACCAUGAAUAGCAGCCUCCUCCAUGUCAACGGCACCUUUUCGUGCCCUGCUGAGCCCCAGUCCAUCAUCAUCCCGAUCUUCCUGAUCCUGGUCUUCCUGGGCGGCUUCAUCCUCAACAGCGCCAGCCUGUGGAUCUUCUGCUUCCGUAUCCCGCGGUGGAACUCGGGAAUGAUCCUCCAGUUCCACCUGGCCCUGAGCGACGCCAUGGUCACCCCAGCCGCCCCGUUCAUGGCGAUCUACUACUCCCUGGGCAGCCACUGGUCCUUCGGACCGUUCCUGUGCCAGCUCAAAGUGUUCCUUCUCAGUACCCACCUGUACAGCAGCAUCUACUUCCUCAUGCUGAUCAGCGUGCACCGCUACGUGGCCGUGGUGCACUACAGCAGGGUGUCCCGGAUGAAGAGAAAAGAGUUUGUUCACAAACUCUGCCUGGGCGUGUGGUUCUUCCUCUUCAUCAAAGGCACGGCCUUCUUCUUCGUCCUGGAGACCACCCAGGUGGGCAACCACACCAAGUGCCUGAGCAUCUACCAGGACCAGCUGACCAGCGUCUACUUCAUCAUGAACUUCGUGCUCCUGGUCCCCGGGUUCCUGGUCCCCUUCGCCAUCUCCAUCACCUGCUACAGCCUCCUGGUUUCCUCCGUCUCCAAGAUGAAAACCAACACCCUCAAGGGGAAGGUCAUAAAGACCAAGUCCCUGAAAAUGAUCGCUGUCUGCAUGAGCAUCUUCGUGGCCUGCUUCACGCCCCUGCACGUGGCCCGCACCCUCGGCGUUGUGGUGAAGAGGUUCUUCCCCAGCUCCUGUGCGCUGCUCACCCAGGUGGAGAGCGCUUACUACAUAUCCUGGACUCUAGCUGGGGCCAACUGCUGCCUGGACCCCUUGCUGUACUGCUUCGGGUCAGAGAAAUUCAACGAGUCCUUCAAGAGCUCGCUGAACAGGAUCGGGUUCCGCUUUCACAGGCCUGCGGCUCCAAGGGGAGGGACAGCACGAGCCAGAGCAUGACUACCAGGGCUGGCACCACAGCGCUCCAGGAGGCUUGAAGGCUCGCGUCUUAAUGUUCAUGACAUUUCUGGGACAAAUGCUUGCUUUGAUUGCAAGCUCCGGCAAUCGAAAGCACUAGAAGAUGGACUGCAAGUCAAUUUUAAGUGUUUUUUUAUUGUAAUAGGUGUACAGCAGUGUGCGCUUUUGGCAUCAGGUGUGGACUGACCCUGUUAUAUCAGCU